AUGAACAGAUCAUGUAAACUGACUUGUUAUUACUUCUUGCUAAUCAACAUGUUUCUGUUACAUUUGACAGUAAGGUCUCAACUGACAACAAAUUUUUACAGUUCAUCAUGUCCUAACCUUACCAAAAUAGUGAGAAAAGAGGUUGUAAAAGCUCUUAUGAAUGAGUUUCGAAUGGGCGCUUCUUUGCUUCGUCUUCACUUUCAUGAUUGCUUUGUCAAUGGUUGUGAUGGAUCAAUUUUACUAGAUGGUGGUGCUGAUACUGAAAAAUUUGCUUUUCCUAAUGUGAACUCUGUUAGAGGAUUUGAUGUUAUUGAUACAAUCAAAACUUCAGUGGAGAGUGCCUGUAGCGGCGUUGUCUCGUGUGCUGACAUAGUUGCCAUAGCUGCCAGAGAUUCUAUUCUCCUUAGUGGAGGUCCUUCAUGGAAUGUUCUGUUAGGAAGAAGAGAUGGAACAGUCUCAAAUGGAUCUCUAGCAAAUGUGGUUCUUCCUUCUCCCUUUGAUCCACUAUCUACUAUUGUUUCAAAGUUUACUAAUGUAGGACUCAACCUCACAGAUGUUGUUUCUUUAUCCGGUGCUCAUACAAUUGGGAGAGCAAGGUGUGCACUAUUUAGCAACAGAUUGUUCAAUUUUUCCGGAACAGGUUCAGCAGACAGUACACUAGACACAACCAUGCUCUCUGACCUACAAAGCCUAUGUCCUCAAACUGGAGAUGGAAACACUACUGCUGUUCUUGAUAGAAACUCAUCUGAUGCAUUUGACAAUCAUUACUAUAAGAAUUUGCUCAAUGGAAAGGGUCUUCUUAGUUCUGAUCAGAUUCUGUUUUCUAGUGAUGAGGCCAAUUCAACUGCUAAGCCUUUAGUUCAAAGCUAUAAUGAUGAUAGUACACUUUUCUUUGGAGAUUUUGUGAAAUCUAUGAUCAAGAUGGGGAAUAUAAAUCCAAAGUUAGGGUCUGAUGGAGAGAUUAGGAAGAGCUGUAGAGUGAUUAAUUCUUAG